CCCAAAUAUGCCGUCGGCAUAUCAAGUAUUGACUAAGCCCAAGUUCUUCCUCAACUCUCUCUAAGCUUUCAUCUAGAAACUGUCCAACAAUGGCUUCCUCUACCCAAAAACCCUCUUCUUCUUCUACCUCAGUUCGUAAAUAUGAGUUCGAAGUGUUCUUAAGUUUUAGAGGUGAAGACACCCGCAACAAUUUUACGGAUCAUUUAUUCGUAAAUUUGGAUCGGAUGGGGAUUAACACUUUUAGAGACGAUCAACUUGAAAGAGGUGAGGAGAUCAAAUCAGAACUUUUGAAAACUAUUGAAGAAUCAAGAAUUUCCAUAGUUGUGUUCUCAAAAACCUAUGCUCAUUCCAAGUGGUGUUUGGAUGAGUUAGCGAAGAUCAUGGAGUGCAGGGAAGAAAUGGAACAAAUAGUCUUGCCGGUGUUCUACCACGUGGAUCCUUCUGAUGUACGAAAGCAAACAGGGAGCUUCGGAGAGGCAUUUUUCAUCCAUGAAAGAAAUGUAGAUGAGAGAAAGAUGCAAAGGUGGAGGGCUUCCUUGACUGAAGCAAGCAAUCUAAGUGGUUUCCAUGUGAAUGAUGGGUAUGAGUCAAAGCAUAUUAAGGAAAUUGUUAACCAGAUUUUUAAAAGAUCAAUGAAUUCUAAGCUUUUGCACAUUAACGAGGAUAUAGUUGGGAUGGAUUUUCGCCUAAAAGAACUAAAGUCAUUGUUAAGUAGUGACUUGAAUGACAUUCGUGUGGUUGGGAUAUAUGGAAUUGGUGGAAUUGGUAAAACUACCAUUGCCAAGAUUGUUUAUAAUGAGAUCCAAUAUCAAUUCACUGGUGCUAGCUUUCUUCAAGAUGUCAGAGAGACAUUCAACAAGGGUUGUCAACUUCAACUACAACAACAACUUCUUUAUGAUAUAGUGGGGAAUGAUGAAAAGUUUAGCAAUAUCAAUAAAGGAAUCAAUAUAAUAAAGGACAGACUUGGCUUAAAAAAGGUUCUUAUUGUAAUUGAUGAUGUGGAUCGAUUGCAGCAAUUAGAGUCAGUGGCUGGAAGUCCUAAAUGGUUUGGUCCAGGAAGUACAAUUAUCAUUACAACUAGAGACCAACAUCUGUUGGUUGAGUAUGGAGUGACUAUAUCACAUAAGGCUACAGAAUUACAUUAUGAGGAAGCUCUUCAACUCUUCAGCCAACAUGCCUUUAAACAAAAUGUUCCUAAAGAAGAUUAUGUAGACCUCUCAAAUUGCAUGGUACAAUAUGCUCAAGGUCUCCCUUUGGCCCUUAAAGUUCUAGGUUCUUCUCUUCAGGGCAUGACAAUAGAUGAAUGGAAAAGCGCAUCGGAUAAAUCGAAAAAAAACCCUAUGAAGGAAAUUAAUGAUGUGCUUAGAAUAAGUUUUGAUGGGCUUGAUCCUUCUCAAAAGGAGGUUUUCCUGGACAUUGCGUGUUUUUUCAAAGGUGAACGCAAAGAUUUUGUGUCAAGAAUAUUAGAUGGUUGCAAUUUAUUUGCAACAUGCAACAUAAGAGUUCUUCGUGAUAGAUGUCUAGUAACUAUCUUAGACAACGUCAUACAAAUGCAUGACUUGAUACAAGAAAUGGGUUGGGCAAUUGUUCGUGAAGAAUGUCCUGGAGACCCCUGCAAAUGGAGUAGAUUGUGGGAUGUAGAUGAUAUUUAUGAUGCAUUUUCUAAACAAGAGGAGAUGCAAAAUAUUCAAACCAUAUCUUUGGACUUGUCUAGAUCAAGAGAAAUACAGUUCAAUACAAAAGUGUUUGCCAAGAUGAAGAAGCUUAGGUUGCUUAAAAUCUAUUGCAAUGAUCAUGAUGGUUUGCCUAGAGAAGAGUAUAAACGUCUUAAAGAAUUAAAGGGCAUUAAUCUAAGUAACUCAAAACAAUUGGUCAAAAUGCCAAAAUUCUCAAGCAUGCCAAAUUUGGAGAGACUGAAUCUUGAAGGUUGUACAAGGUUGCGUGAACUUCAUUCAUCUAUUGGCGAUCUCAAAAGUUUGACUUACUUGAAUUUAGGAGGAUGUGAACAGCUCCAAAGUUUCCCAUCCAGCAUGAAGUUUGAAUCUCUUGAAGUUCUUUAUCUUAAUUGUUGUCCAAACUUGAAGAAGUUUCCUGAGAUCCAUGGCAAUAUGGAAUGUUUGAAGGAGCUUUAUUUAAACAAGAGUGAGAUCCAAGAACUACCAAGUAGCAUUGUGUAUUUAGCAUCUCUUGAAGUCCUUAAUCUCUCAUAUUGUUCAAACUUUGAGAAAUUUCCUGAGAUCCAUGGGAAUAUGAAAUUUUUGAGGGAGCUUUAUUUAGAAGGAUGUUCAAAGUUUGAGAAAUUUCCGGAUACAUUUACCUAUAUGGGACAUUUAAGGGGGCUUCAUUUACGUGGGAGUGGUAUUAAAGAACUCCCAAGCAGCAUUGGGUAUUUGGAAUCUCUUAAAAAUCUUAACCUCUCAUAUUGCUCAAACUUUGAGAAAUUUCCAGAGAUCCAAGGGAAUAUGAAAUGCUUGAAGGAGCUUUCUUUAGAGAAAACCGCUAUUAAGGAACUCCCAAAUAGCAUUGGGCACUUGCAGGCCCUUGAAAUUCUUACUCUCAGUGGUUGCUCAAAUCUUGAGAGGUUUCCUGAGAUCCAAAAAAAUAUGGGGAAUCUAUGGGCUCUUUUUCUAGAUGAGACUGCUAUUAAAGGAUUACCCUACUCAGUAGGUCAUCUCACCAGACUUGAUCGCUUAAAUUUGGAAAAUUGUAGAAAUUUGAAAAGUCUUCCAAACAGUAUAUGUGGGUUGAAAUCCCUCGAAGGCCUCUCUCUCAAUGGUUGUUCAAAUCUAGAGGCUUUUUCAGAGAUCACGGAGGAUAUGGAACAAUUAGAACGCCUUUUUUUACGUGAGACGGGUAUCUCAGAGCUGCCAUCAUCAAUCGAACAUAUGAGAGGUCUUAAAUCCUUGGAAUUGAUCAAUUGUGAGAACCUUGUGGCUCUUCCCAAUAGCAUCGGUAAUUUGACAUGUCUUACUAGUCUUCAUGUUCGUAACUGUCCAAAGCUCCACAACUUGCCUGACAAUUUGAGAAGCCUGCAAUGUUGCUUAACAAUGCUAGAUCUAGGUGGUUGCAAUCUGAUGGAAGAAGAAAUCCCCAAUGAUUUAUGGUGUCUAUCCUCACUGGAAUUUUUAAACAUAAGUGAAAACCAUAUGCGUUGCAUACCUGCUGGCAUCACUCAACUUUGUAAGCUUGGUACCCUUCUCAUGAAUCAUUGUCCGAUGCUUGAAGUAAUUGGAGAGCUUCCAUCAAGUCUAGGGUGGAUAGAGGCACAUGCUUGUCCAUCCCUGGAAACUGAAACUUCUUCAAGUCUACUCUGGUCUUCUUUGCUCAAACACUUGAAAUCACCAAUUCAGCGGAGAUUUAAUAUUAUCAUUCCAGGAAGUAGUGGAAUACCAGAAUGGGUAAGUCAUCAAAGAAUGGGAUGUGAAGUAAGUGUAGAACUUCCAAUGAAUUGGUAUGAAGAUAAUAACUUGUUAGGAUUUGUUUUAUUCUUCCAUCAUGUUCCCCUUGAUGAUGAUGAAUGCGUGAGAACAUCUGGUUUUAUUCCAGAAUGUAAAUUGGCGAUAUCCCAUGGUGAUCAAACUGAACGACUGGAUAAUAUUAGUUUUUAUCAUCGUUGCAAAACAUACUCUAUUAGCGGUUUAUCAUAUAGCAGCAGACGCUACGACAGUGGUGCACAUCAGAUCCAGCACUGUGGGUGA